GUUUGACACUCCACACGUGAUUGAAUCAAAACCAAGUAGGUAGCUACGACUCCUGAAGACUGGGACGUCAUACUGCGUCGAGAGUUGGAGCUUCAUUGGGUUCUGUAUCCAGAUCGUAACAACUCAUAUCGUGAGAGAUGGUGUCGAUUCUAGUCACUGCAUUUAUCCGUGAUGUUUUUUAAAUCGGAUGGUUACAUGUUGGCAGAUGAAAAUGACAGGAGGUGUGUCUUUUAACAAACUGUGUCUCUAGUUUGAAGAGGAUAGGUUUCUCGUUACUAGUGACAUGUACCAUGCUUAACCAUAUCCUGGAGACACACGUAGAGUACACAUGGAGGUGCUUAGCCUAUGAGGCCAAAGGAUACAGCUUAAGAUCAGGAUAUACCACCAAAAAGGGAUUGAAGAAUUCGGCGUGACCUUAUGAAACAGUACCCUUGUGCGGAAAAAUUGUCUUCAUAAAUGUGCCUCUUCAUAUAACCUGACCGAGACUUAUUGAAAUAGAGGCAUACGUGUUGAACCUAACCAUAUCCGUAAUUUUCGCAACCUUUUCAUCUUGAGUUUCUUGAGUAUCAUGUAUUUACAGCCUUAAACGACCACCGUGGAAUGUCAGGUUUAGUUCGUUGUAGGACGAUGAACGAAGACUUCUGGCCCUCGCGGAGAUUACACAGGGGCUGUAACUCUAGCAACCUAACAACGGAAGUGACGUAUACAGAAGACAUGGUAUCCAAAUGGCUGUGGAAGACUGUCGCGCCAUGCUUGCUGUUGAUAGGCACGACUGGAAACAGUUACGUCAUAGUAAUGAUGUUCCGUCUGAAACACAAAAUGAAUAAAUGCAUUCGUUUCAAUCUUUUAACGCUGUCAUUCACAGACAUCGUCAUACUAAUAACUGCACUGGGUAGAGUCUGGCUUGAUUAUAUGUUCAACGUUGACAUACGGACGAUCUCAGACGUGGGCUGCAUGCUGCAUGUGUUUAUUCAAUAUACUUUCACAAGCAUGUCGUCAUGGAUACUUGUGUCGUACAAUCUUGAAAUGUUCAUAAGUGUUGCCUUCGCAUUCUACGGAAAGUCAUGGAAUACAGUAAGGAAGGCGAGGCUGAGGCUCCUCCUCGUCUUCACAUGUCUCGCCUGUCUUAAUUGCUUCUCCUUCUGGACUCUCGGGCUGAGAACUGAUGGCUCCAUCACUAACUGCCAGUCCAACUCCAUCGGCAUUGAUGUCUACCGUGUAGAUGUUUACGUUUGGGUCUACAUGAUCUUCAUGUCCUUAUUGCCAUUUACCAUUCUGACGCUGCUUAAUAUUUUGAUCAUAAGGACAGUUAUCCAUUCUAAACUUCCAGAUGGUGCUAAGCAUGGAGGCAGAGAAGGAAAGGGAGAUCGUAGACUUCAUAGACUGGUACUGACCACAACUUUCUUCCUGGUUUCCACGUUUCCGUCAGCUGUUGUCGUGGUAACGAACUCAUACACGUGGAGCGAGUGGGACGAGCGUGUCCAAGCGAGACUCUACCUGGCGUGGAGCAUCGUGGCGUUGCUUCACUACACAAACCCUGCCUUCAAUUUUGUUAUUUACACGUUUCAUAAGGUUCGAGAGGAACAGCAGAAACGUGAACUGUCAAAGAGAAGAUCACAAAUGUCACGGGGGUUCUCGACGGUCAGCCAGCGGUCGGGGCUGCCUUCAGCGCCUAAACAUCACCCCCAGAGAUCAUUACAUGCAUACAGACACAGAUAUCUCCCCAAGGUGAUUUUAAAAGCCACAAAACUAUCCAUGUUUCCUUUGUCUGGAAAACCAAACCCUCAACAUUGCACAGACGCAGCUGUUCAAGAACAUUAUGAUGAAGGCGUGUGACUUUCAACAUCUCACAAUAGUGUGUUAUUUCUCCCACGGACUCAUUAUUACCCCAUCGUCUUUCAUAUAUUUCCGACGAUAACAGUUUAAAAGAAGACAUGCAACUGUAUGGAUAAAGACUUGUAUCGUUUAUUACUUUAUAUUUAUAUUUCUUUGUCAUUUCGGCAUUUGAUGUAAGCGUAACACUGCCUGACACAGCGUGCGGAACCGCCGUCCAUCCGUAAAAACAUUAACGCGUUCGCUGGAUUCAAGCAUCUUGACAAUCCAUUUGAUCAAAAUGUUUUAUAAGAUGCAUUGCAGAAGAAGUCACGAUAUCUGUCUUUCAGUGUUUAAGUUUGGUUUAUUGGGUUAUUCGGUUCAAAUUCUCCACGCUCCUAGUUUCAAGGUAAUCAAAUAUACUUAUGGGUGUGAGAGUUCAGUAUACGAUAUCCUAUUUUGAGACAUCACUAUCUAAGCCUGGUCUGCGUGGAGCCUACCGAACGAUUUAACGACAAUCGCCAAGAAAAAACACUUGGAUCAUAAAGUAUAACCAGUUUAAACGGCACUCUAAGUCCAAAGGCUGUGUAUGCGUUUGUAAGCCUUUAAAGCCGAUUUGAACAGUAGAUCCAGCGUGUCAGAGGGGAGGAUGCAGGCCAAUUUAACGAAUUCCAUCAGCACGCAUUUGAUCAUGCAAUAUAACGUUGGCUAUCUGGGAUUCGAACCCGAAACCAAUAGAUCCUGGCAACAAAGGGACGCUACUUCGUGUAACACCUUAAGCCACUGGAUCACUGGUGUUCUUACUUGACGUCUUAACCGCAAGCUCCAAUGUUCAUACAGUUUGGUCCUCAGUGCAUGGAAACGUAUACUCCAGUGAACUCACUUAAAGUGAAAAUCAAGUCUUCAGUAAUUCUGGACAUAAUUUGCAAAUUUUGAGGGAAAAUGGCCAAUACAGUUACUGAAAUUCGGGGUAGAAUAGGUCUUGUGCAACCCAUGCUUGCCCUAAAAGGCGACGAUGCUUGUCGUAAGAGGCGAUUAACGGAAUCGGGUGA